AUGUUUAAGAAACGUGUUAUUGCUGUUAUAUGCAUAGUGAUAUUGUGUUACACGGACGCCUGUAAAGGACUUAUUGAAGAUGGGAAUCAACCAAACACAGUUGUUCCCGCAAAAGAAGGCAAAACUGUCGCCAAUAAUAGUGAAAGAACCGGCAGAUUCCUCCACAAGGACUGUAGUAGUAUUUUAAGUGCUAAGUGCUUGAAAAUUCACGUGCUAUCCUUCCUGGAGGAUUUAAGUUCUCGCGAUGAACUAAAUCUGUUACCCGGACUGAGUAUUGUCAAGGAAAAUCAGACAUCAAGUAGUCCAAGUCCUGAAGAAAUAGCUGCAGAGUUAUCUCGACAGUUUCCUGGAAAGCCAGAAGAGAAACUCAAUAGGUAUCUUCUCUAUCGUCUGCAAGAUUAUUUGGAUGGACAUUCGUUGAGAUACAAACUGCUCGAUCCUCAGACAUCUAAGGAAGCUAUGAAUAUGGCGAAAGGAGAUAGGGAAUCCAUGGGAAGGAAGUCAGGAGGCGGUGGUGGUCUUGGUGGAGGAGGCAAAGGUGGAGGUGGAGCUUUACUCGCCGCCGCCUUGAUGAUGAAAGGUGCCAUGGCUGCAGCUGCAAUGGGAGCUUUGGCAUUAUUAGCUGGCAAAGCUUUAAUGACUGCCUUGAUGUCACUCCUGCUGUCUGCACUGGUCGGCCUUAAAGGUCACGGUGGCCAUAAAUCAACCACAUAUGAAAUCAUCACCAAACCUGAGGUCUCCCAUCAUCAUUCUCACAGUCACGAGGAACACCACGAACACGAACAUGGGCACCAUGGAGGAUACAGAAGAGCCUAUGAUGUAAACUACAAUACCUAUAUGCCUUACGAUACAACCAGUACUAAUAGUUAA